AUGAAAACAUUCGAUUUGAAUCGACCGAUCAAUGGAGCCGAUGAUCUAUCUGAUGGUGUUAUUAUUGCAAUGUCACUCAAAAAUAUAGAUGCCAAUCAUUUCAAUGAUACAUGGCUACAAAAGAUCACUAUUAAUGAAAAAGAUAAUUAUCGAAUUAAGAUACUCGGUCAGCCAAUAGUAAACUUUCAAAUGCCCGAUGUGUAUAUGAUCGCUGAAAGUGCAAAUGAAGUAGAACUCAGUCGACUAUUACAACUUGUUCUGGGUUGUGCUGUCAAUUGUGAACGAAAACGAUGUUAUAUAGAACAUAUUAGAUCCAUGGAAGAAUCUGUCCAACAUAUACUCAUGAAUGCUAUUCAAGAGCUAAUGAAUCAAGAGUAUCAAAUGAUCAAGGAGAGACAUCCGGAAAUUGAAGAUCAAUUGAAACACGUUUUGGAAGAACUCAAUCAUACAAUCAAAGUCAAAGAUGAAAUCGAAAAUCAUUGUCAUGAACUGGAUCGACAGAUUGCUGUACUUCAAAAUGAUAAUUUGGAUUUAAUACAAGAAGUAGCAUGUCUAAAUGAACGUAUUCAACAAUAUGAAAGAGCCAAAAAUGCUGAAGAGGCAUCAUAUAUUUGUUUCAAUAAUUUACAACAACAACGUAUUCAAUCACAACAAGAUGAAAUAUCUGAACUCGAAAUAACUCUACAAGACUAUCGAGCGAAAUUAGACAUUUUACAUGAUGAAAAUAAAGAACUUUUCAAAAAAGUAGAUUCAUAA